AUGUCGAUCAGCUCGGCCUCUGCUCCUGACAGUCUCAUCAUGAGACUUAUUGGAUGCGCUGCGACCUCACCGCCUUAUUCAGUCGAUGGCUUCAACCACCCUCUUUUCCGCUCCGUCGAAAUCACCUACAUUCCCAUCUUCCUCGGCGGCCUCCUAAAAGCAUGCAACAACCGGGCUCCCCUCGAAAUCAAAAACAAAGACAAGUGGAUCAACAUCGAACGACUCCGCUGGGCCCAUCAAUUCGACAUCCCCAUUUCCUCUGCCACCCCAGAAGGGUUUCCCAAACCGACCAUCCAGGCAAUGCGGUUUCUGACGGCUUUGCAAAUCAUUAGACCGGAUCUGGUUCCUUUGGCGCUGGAUACGUUGUAUGCUAUCAUCUGGACGGAUGAUGGAUACAAGCUUCGACAGGGGGGCCAGAAACCCCAAUCGGCUGGCGGUGAUACCGGUAACAAAUUCAACGAACGGUCCGGUUUGGUGUUUGAUCAGCAAGAGCAACAAGGCCAGGGCCAGUCUCAGACGACCGCGAAACGGAACCCAACGAGCCAGUUUAAUGAGCGGUCUGGUAUUACGAUGCAUAAGGAGACGAACACGAACACUGCGAGUGAGGCUCGGGGCGGAAAACCACCAAUGUCUCAACUUAUCGAUCCUGCAUUUUUCGGCCCUAUCCUAGCCAAAGUCUUGGGUCAGGAUGUUGUGGCUGAAAUCCUUGAGAAGCACAUAUCCUCGCCUGAAGUCAAGAAACAGUUGAGUGAGAAUACGGACCAGGCGAUUGCCGAUGGGGCUUUUGGGUUGCCUUGGUUUAAAUGCCGCAAUGGGCGGGGUGAUGUCGAGGGGUUUUGGGGAUUCGAUCAUUUGGGACAGGUGGUUAGGUUUCUGGGGCUUGAUGAUGAUGAGGAUAAUAAUGAUGGAGAAGGCAAAGGGCAGAAGAUUAGAGCGUUGUUGUAG